AUGACGAUGAAGAAGGUUGUAAGAGCAAAUCUCGGGUUGGGGUUGGAGAUGUCGGGUCUGGGAAACCAGUGCACAUUCUGCCCAUUGAUGAUACCAUUGAAGCCCCUCUUUGAUUUACCUUUAACCAGAGCUCUAACAGUCUAUUUUAUGCCUGAAUGCUUAUGGUUGACUAGCUCUGGUGGAUCUUCUUGUUUUUCUCAUAUUGAUUACUUUAUAAAUCGUUUUAUGUUUGAGAAAACAUUAGGGCUUGUCUUUGAGAAACAAUUGUCUAUCUGCACUGAUACUUAUUUGUUUGAUGCUUAUGGUGUAGUAAGAAAAGGAGAUCUGUUUCUUGUCAGGGGAGAGGACGAAGAAAGGCUGGACGAAGAUGGUAUGAUGAUGUGGGAGGUGUCAGGAAAUAAAUGGCUCAGAUUCGUGAGUUCUGGGAAGACGCUAAUAGUGAGAGCUGUAGCUCAUGUAGCUGGAGCUUUCUUCAAUUGUGUUGAUGGACAUGAGAUUAUGUCCAAACUUGCUGGAGAGAGUGAAAGCAGUCUCAGAAAAGCAUUUGAAGAUGCUGAAAGAAUGCACCACCAUCCAUUAUUUUUAUUGAUGAAAUUGAUUCCAUGGUUGUUGAAGUACCAAUGUCAGUUGGGAUGCAUUAGAGGUCUUGAAAAUGUCAAGCGUGAACUGCAAGAGGAUGUUUGGUCUAUCACCACCAAAGGUGGUCUCGUCUAUGGUCCUCCGGGAUGUGGGAAAACUUUGCUAGCCAAAGCAAUUGCGAAUGAAUGUCAAGCUAACUUCAUCAGAGUGAAAGGUCAAGAAUUUCUUACAAUGUGGUUUGGUGAAAGUGAAGCUUAUGUUAGAGCAAUUUUUGACAAAGCUAGACAAUCGGCUCCAUUGUCCUCUUCUUUGACGAGCUCUCAAGUUUGUCUCUUCAUACUUAGUCUGCCAAGUUAUGUUACUAUGUAUGCUUUAGCCAUGAGCAAAUAUUCAACUGAGAGAAGCACUGUUCGGGAUGCUGGUGCUACUGCUGAUAGAGUUCAGAAUCAACAUCUUACUGAAAUGGUUGUCAUGUCUGUCCAAAGACGGUGUUCAAAAUUGGGGCAACUAACAGACCUGAUAUCAUUGUGUCAUUGGUGCUGA